GAGGAAUAAGACGUAUAACCUCCCAGUUCUUGUUAGUAGAUACAGUCUGUGUCGGUUUGGGUCUGAACAUCAGAUUUACACUGCAAGACACAAACGUGGAACUAGAAUCACCUCCUCGUGGUCGUAUCCCUCCGCCACUCAGACUAGUUCCAGGUUACAGUGAAGUGAGUGUUUCAUUCAAGUGAAUGUUUUUAACUGAUUAGAAGUUCCCUUAAAGCCUUACAGAGAUACUGCGUUCACACGGCCAAAAUAAUAAACGUUGCUUUCAUUGGUUGUUUCCUGUCGUGUGGUUCUGAGGCUUUGGUUGUGGUGAAGUGAGGAAGACCUGUUUAAUGAUCACGUGACACGGUGAAUAUCACGUCACCAGCAUCAGCAAGUAAAGACAUUUAUUUUGGGAAAAAAUGAAAAUAUCUUUUAAAUGUGAGGAUAAUAAAGAAAGUGAAGACAUUUAGUCUCGUCCUCUGAAUGAUUGAGACUUGGUUUGGUGUUAAUGAUGGAAUCAGAUUUAUAUUAAUGAGGAUAGUUGUAGAGAGUGAGGACAUUAUUGAUUAGAAGAUCUGUUACUGAUACAGACUGAUCAGUGCAGUAACAUUGAAAUCAAUUGUUUUAUCACUUAUUUUAAAAUGAGGACUUAAUCAUUAUUCUGAUAUUUAUUUCUGUUGCUGGGGAACAAAAUCUUUUACUUGGUGUGAGAAGAAAUAUGUGUCUUUACAGCUACAACUAAAAUAAUUCAUAGUUUUAUAAAAUGACUCAACACUGAGCUGUAAAUGUUUGAUGUUUUGCAGCAGGUAGUUUCUUCAGUCCAGCUGCUCUAAAAAAACAUCUGUAUUUCCUCUCACACUGCGGCCGCUGUAAUAAAACUAAGGAGGUCAUGACGUGUUACCGUGUGAUCACGUGGUUGUGUCUGUGGCUUCUCCUCCGCCCAGGUCACAGUUUCCUGGUCGCUGCUGUAGAGGGAAGUACAGACGAGGCGUUCACUGUCUGCUCUCUUCUCAGCCGGCUGCAGAAUGGAGGGAACAUCUGUCCAGAUGCUGCUGGCUCUGACCUCGCUGCUGUGCUGCUGCUCACACACAGCUGGUCUGACGGUGAGUCCCAGCAGCUCUCAGUUCUUUAAAGGAGACUCUGUCUCUCUGAGCUGUGAGGAGGACGACAGCUCUGCUGGAUGGAGGCUGAGGAGGAACACCACCACAGAAACCAGGACUCAGUGUGGAGCUGACUGGGGAGAAUCAGCUGGUUCUUCCUGUAACAUCAGCUACACCUUCACACAGGACAGUGGAGUUUACUGGUGUGAGUCCAGAGAGGGAGCAACCAGUAACAGCAUCAGCAUCACUGUCACUGGUGGAGCAGUGAUCCUGCAGAGUCCUGUCCUCCCUGUGAUGGAGGGACAUGAUGUCACUCUGCACUGUAAAACAAAGACCCCUCCCUCCAACCUCCCAGCUGCUUUCUAUAAAGAUGGCUCCCUCAUCACAGAGACUACAGGUCACAUGACCAUCCACCAUGUUGACAAGUCUGAUGAAGGCCUCUACAGCUGUGACAUCAGAGGUCAUGGAGAGUCUCCACGCAGCUGGAUCACUGUCACAGGUCAGGAGGUCAAAGAGAGACCUACAACUGCAGCCCCGCCCCCUCCUGUGUUCUUCCUGAUCCGCUACCUGGUGGUGUUCAGUCCGUACUUCAUCUCCACUGUCCUCAUGGUGUCUUUAUAUAGACAGAGACCUACAGGAAAUCACCUGCCCGUCUCCGUGGUGAUGACCCCGCCCAGCCAGGCUGAGCAGGGAUUGGAUGAGGACUACGAUGAUGUCAUCUCUGAUGUCACCACAGAGCAUCACUUCUGAGCUGAACUCUGUAAAAGCUUGUUGUGUGAAAGCAGCUGAGUUCAUGUCUCUGUUCUCUUCAUGUCUUCUUCUCUUCUAAUGUUUCUUUCUCCUUGUUUCUCCACCAGUGAUGAAAUAAAUCUUUUUAUUU